GUUUCAACAGGUUUGCAAUGGCGGGAAAUAUUGUUGAACGUAAAUAUCAACAAGGAAGAGAAGAUGCACGUUUAUCUCAUUGUCAUUGAUUGUCAUUCGUAAAUUGUGCCGUUAACUUGAGAUGAGUGCAAAACUAAGUAGGUUGCUCAGCCAAAAGGACCGGGCGCAGCUGCGGGAAUUCGUGCGGGAGACCUCGACCGAGGAGCUCGCGAAGAUAAUAUCGAGCGGGAUUGGCAAUGCGGACAUUGCCAGGGUACUGGACGAGAUCCUGCAGGUGUGCUCCGAGUCGGAGGGUUUGCACGCCAAGAGAGUCAAGCUGGUCGAGUCCGCACUGAAGGCUUUGGGCAAGGCCAAAGUUUCGAUCAGCCACGCGAACGAGAUCGUGAAUCGGAUAGUGGUGGACUUUCCUAAAUAUUCAAAGCUACAUCUGGUCAAAUUGGUGGACUUCUGUCUCGCCAGUAUUCGCAGCAAUGACGACGAGUUUAGAAGUUGGAAGGAGCUAUUGCCUGUCCUGCUGGAGGUGUUGGAGGAGGAGAAAUACAUUAGUCACAUGAACGGCGAGGUUUCUGGUUCCAAAUACAAGUCUGUCAUCGUUAAUAAUAUAUGCAACAGUGAGUGGGACACGCAGAUAAUGCCUUCGUUGGCAAGAAUGUUUAGAGACAUAUCCCUGGAAAAGGAGGAUCAUGCUACAGUAAUCACGGUACUCUGCACAAAACUGCAGGAAAUACCUCUUGAGGAAGUGCCACCUUUUGUGCAUCAAUCAUUGAGAUUGUGCACUAAUCAGGAUAGUAAAUAUCUCUUGGAAGCCUUACGAAAAUAUUUCGCGCUACGCUUUUCGCAAACUGACAGUGUUGACACUUUUGAAACUAUAGAUGUGAUGAACCCCAAGGAAAUUCAAGAUGUUGAAAGUACAGUAUUAUAUCAUAUAUCUCAAGCGGCCGAAUUGAAUCAUCAACAUAUAAGAGACUACAUUAAAUAUUUCAAAAGCGUGUUGCAUAUCCCUGAAGCUAUAUUGGAACCUUUCGUACUCUCUGUGCUGCUCACACUUGCUUCUAUUGAUGAAAAUCAGAUUUUCGAAAUGCUACGAAUGACCAUUAACAAACGAAAUGAAAAUGACAAUAAACAGAAGCAUAGCGCGUGGCUGAGAAAAUUGAUUCCCGAUUCUUGUAGCAUAAUGACUGUGAUAGGGAACGUCAUCGAGGCGAGUAACAAGGAUCGCCAUUUGGUAUUGAAAGGACUCGUGGAUCUCGCGUUUGUUCUCUUGGCUGUGGAAAAUAAGACUAAAACGGGUCCGCAUCCUUCGUGGCAAAUCGGCACGAAGAUACUUCAGAAGAUCAUGAGAAAGCAUCACGAAACGGUCGCGACUGUAUUUCAAACAUUGAUCGAUAAGAUAAUGGCGGGUGGCUCAUCUAUUUCUCAAUAUACCGAUUGCUUGACGUAUAUGUGCCGCAAGUUAACAGUUCUGAUGUUGGACCAUCAAGAUUCGAUAAUAACGCUUUUCGAUCAGCUCUCAUCUAUCCCCGGAGAGAUUGCCAUUUUUAUCGUUUCCGCGAUAUUUCCACUGAUAAAAGUCUCAGUCAGCAUAAGAGAGCGCCUGAUCUUGACAUUGAGGCAGGCUCUCUACAGAAAGGGCACGUUUAAUCGACAAAUGGCGGUCAGCGGGAUUUUGGAAAUGUUGAGGAAUCUGAAGAUGCACUCUAUGAGUGGCCUCGCGAUGAGCUCGAGCCAAUACGCCAAUUCAUCGUCGACUGGCGCAAGUUCCACGUCCAUCUUGACUCAGGUGACAUUAGAGAGAGGUACACAAGCAACCGGAUCUACCUCCAUGUAUAACAGAACUUUGUGUUACGAUAUAUUGGGCAUUUUAAAAAGAUGCUUCACUCAUGAGUGCGAAGUACGAUUACACUUGUACAAUGGCUUAUACGAAGCUGUAUUGAAAAAUAUCGAGAUAGCGGGAUACAUAUUGGAGAUGUUGUUGCCAUACUUCAAAACCUAUUUCGAGGCGGACGAGAACAUCGUGGUACCGAUUAAACUGGACUUGUGUAUGACUGUACAAGGGGACCAAGUUAUACUGCAGGAACCACUGGCCGAACUGAUACUCAUCCUGCAAAAGAUCUACAUCAAGUCGGCUCUAGUGAAAUCAUCUUUUGUAGAUGAAUUGGCUGUUGUCUUGGAGUCUCUCUGCAGGCGGAUGCCGCGGCUUGAGACAGAGCAUCUAAAUCUGGAUGACAAGCUUGAUUUAAGCAACUCUAAUAUCAAGGCUCAAGAAAAAUUGCAGCAUGUUCUAUUAGCGAUAAAGAUUUACGAGGCUCUCAUAUCCUUUAGAAUCGGCGCCUGGUCCGCAAACUGUACAGAUACCGCGCAAAGUGUUAAAAAUCUGUUCAAAGGCUAUACAAGAUUAGUUGAAUUUACUAAGCACGUACCAAAGGCUAAAAGGGGAGAAGGCAAAAAUAAAAAGACGCAAAACGACCCGAACAACACGACUGUAAAGAAAGCCGGCCGGCCGGGUAGCAUAAAACUACCGCCCAGCAUCGUGGAUCUGUUCACGGUGCACAAAAGUCUGUCGCUCUUCUACUUGAAAUCCGUUCCCUGGGCAACGGCGGACCAAGUGGCUGUGUUAAUAGACAACCACGAUUUCUACCAUUACAUCCUGCGAACGCUGUUGCAAAUUUUGCAAAAUGUCAAACUGUUAACGGAAUACAAUUUGCGAAAGCAUAAGGAGCAACAUAUGAGGAUCUACUUCGAAAUUGGAAAAUUAUUGUACGAUCACGUUGUGCUGGAUUUAAACAAAGUCCUCGAGACGGACGAACAAGGGACUAUAUUAGCAUUGGAAUGUUUCAAGGAAUUAUGUUACUCGAUGUGCACCUACUUCUCUUCCGAAUUGUCGCACUUUCUCAACGUUAUUGUUCCUAAUAAGCCAACUCAAGCGGAAAAUAAUCUUAAUACACAAUUGGAGAACGUGACUGCUGCUCUGCGUGCGAGCUUCAGGACGUUCUUCAGCGAGAAGGAGGAACAUGAGGAGAAUUCCAAACAGAUACUCUGCAUAUUAUUGGACAUCAUAUAUCAGCUGACGCAAGAGAUCAACUUUUAUGAAACGAACGGCGAUGAAGUAUUUGAUUCGAUGAUGAAAUUCACACAAUUGGAAAAUAUGGAUCCCCAAGCUUCUUUAACCAUUUUCCAAAUUCUGUUAUGGAUAGAAGAGCGUAAUAAGGAGUAUGGAGAGUUGUUAAUCGAUAUCGCUUUUGCAUUGUGCGAGAAAAUGGGUAACAUCGACAAGGCUGAGCUAUCGGAAAAUGAUAAAUUCAAAAUUAUUCACGAGGAUACGGCGGAUAAGCUUUACAAUUUGGUAAAUAGCUUGGUAAAGGAAAAAUUGGACAAUGUAUCUUGGUUGCUGGUGCGACUCAAAGCCGAGCAAAAUAUCGUUUGCCCGCCUGGCACGGAUCGCGAGGAACAUCAAGAAAAAGUGAGAACGCAAGAACGCAGUUUGUGCAGACAGUUGUCGCACAUUAUACAGAUACUUUAUACAUUAGCCAACGUUGCUAUCAAACCAGGAUCGUCCACGGAUAUUAUGUUUAGAAAUUUGCAAGUCUUGUACAACCUACUUAGCAAUCUUACAAAAUAUUUCUAUGGAAAGUCGAGCAAGCAAAAUGCAGCGUUUCAAUCAGUGAAAUUUAUUCAAGUGAUUCAAUCGGCUGGGAAACCAUUAAAGUCUGCGUUUUAUAAUUUAAUAACGCAUACUGAGGAAAGUCAAAAUGCAUCAAGGUCGAAAGUUGAUUCGCACCUGCAAAGGAACAAGAUUUUGAAAGAAACCAGAAUUAUACCCCGUGUGGUAUGCGAAAUUGAGCAAUUUCACAAGGAGGUGUUGGCGCUCGAUAAGAAGACCGGUGUUCCACUUGAAACUUACAUAAAACACAGUAUAACGCGAGAUUUCCGUAUAAAAAACACGCAGUUAGCAGAAGCGCUGGAGAAGAUGGAUAUAAGCUUGCUGGAUACACAGAAUUCUCGUCACAGUAACGAUGCGUCCAAUGAAAAUAUAAAUCUGUCUAUCGAAUCGUCUACAGAAACAUCGUCAUCAAAGCGUAAGAAUGAAGCCUCGAGGUCCUCGAAAUCGUCUAUGGAUGAAUCCCCGCCUCCAAAACGCUCUAGAAGAUCGUCAGAAUCAUAAGUGCCUUAUGGCUGGUAUCCUCGCUUUUCCAUUUCGAUAUGAAAUAGUUUAGUUCCACAUUUCUUUACUGUAGUUUUUUUUUUUUAUACAAAUGAAGUUAUAUCACGAACUGAAUGUAAAGAACACACGUUUAUUAAAUAUUCUGAUAAUGUUGCAUCGAAGUAUAUAAUGAACUAAAUAAAACUAUAAUUUGCUAUAA